CUCCUCGCUUCAUCUCUCAACGACAACCCACAUCACCACAACUCAUCGCCACCAUGCUGGUCGUCGGCCUCACCGGAGGAAUAGCCACAGGCAAGAGCACAGUCUCCAGCCUCCUCGCCACGCGUCACCAGCUGCCCAUCAUCGACGCUGACAUUCUGGCACGCGACGCGAUCGCGCCAGGCAGCCCUGGCUUCAAGAAGGUCGUGGCGCAUUUCGGCGCGGACCGUAUUCUCAACGCCGACGGGACGCUCAACCGCUCAGCGCUCGGCGACAUCAUUUUCCGCGAUCCAAACGAGCGCACAUUCCUCAACGGCGUCAUCCACCCCGCCGUGCGCCGCAUGAUGUUCAUGAGCGUGCUGCGCGCCUGGCUCCGUGGCGAGUGGUGUGUUGUCCUCGACGUGCCCCUGCUCGUGGAAGCGAGUUUGUGGAAGUGGGUCGGGGAGGUCAUGGUUGUCUUCGUAUCCGAAAAGCUCCAGCUGCGCCGUCUCCUCGAUCGGCCGCCGCUGCCCGGCAACGCGCCGCUCACCGAGUCGCAGGCGCAGGACCGUAUGCGCGCUCAGAUGCCAGUCGCGGACAAACUGGUAUACGCAACAACUGUCAUUGACAAUAGCGGGACGCGCGCGGACCUCGAGGCGCAGGUCGACCGUGCUGUCGCCAAGUGGCGCGCACAGCAGGGCGGAAGCAGCGGCUGGUGGUGGAGGCUUUGCUGGCUUGUGCCCCCUGUCGGUGUCAUGGCCGGGUGGAUGUGCCUGUUGCGCACGUAUAUGCGUGCGAAGCGGGUGCGGAAGCGCACGCGCGGCGAGGUGGAGCGGCGCGGGGUGGAGAUGCAGGACUUGAAGCGGGCAUAGGAGGGGGAGAGUGGAGAUUGAAGGUUGAGAUAGUAGAGAUGUACAGUUGGGCGGCCCGGGAG